GCCUCUCCCAGACUUUGGGAGGUCCGGAAGGCCCAGGCCUGGUUAGAGCAGACCGCUCAGUAUAUAGCGAUUCUUGAGCUGUGGAACUGGGACUCCCAUGCAGUCAGCAGCCUGCUGCUUGGGCACAGAAACCGGAGUCACCCAGCAGUCCCCAGCAGUCCCCUGCCUCAGCCUAGAGCUUCAGUGACCAGCCGGGCUGGAAUAGUUCCUGCUUGACCUGGUGCAGAGGGUCCAUCUCAACCUAGUUGGCUCUGAGCCCUUCCUGGUGGCUCCGUGGCCAGCCAUGCGCCGCUCGUGACCAUUUUACAGGUGGGGAACUGCAGAGUCGAGGCGCAUUCCCGCCUCUCCUUUCCCGUGAGGCUCUGCAGUGCCAGGGGUCUUGGCCACAGUUGCUGGAAGAGUGCUCCGGCUGUGUCUCCCACCCCAAGCCCAGGCCUAGGGCCUUAGAGAUGGGAAGUUGCGCUGCCCGGGUUGGCUUCUGUGCUGCGGUCUAGCCUGAGUCAGCGGAGGCGGGGGCUGUGCGGCGGCUGGUUUGCCUGGCCUGGGGUGCUGGGCUCUGUCCGUCACUCCCUGGAGCCCUCCUGCCCCGGACCCAGAGCCUCGCGGAGCGGGACGCUGGACAGCACCGAGUGGCCUCGUGACUGGGGCGCAACACCUGGCGGGGUGGAGCUACAGGAAAGGAGGCCCCGGGGAAGAAGGGCCUGGGGGCGGCGUCUCGGGGGCGGGGCCUGCGCCCGCUUAAAGCCUCCCGCCCCGAGGCCCCGCCAGCAGUCCCGCCGGCCUGUGCUCCGCCGUCAUGCCCCGGUCUCUGCUCCUGCCACUGCUGUCAUUGCCGCUGCUGCUGCUGCUCCCACUCGAGGCCCCCGGGGCAGCCAGGGCGUCUCCACUGCAAGCGUCCUCCAGGGCUGCGGCCACAUGCAAGGCCCACGGUCUGUGCCUGCUCGGGCCACGCCCGUCGCCCCCUGCACCUCAAGUCAACGUCAGCCUCUAUUAUGAGUCCUUGUGCGGAGCUUGUCGAUACUUCCUGGUCCGAGAUCUGUUCCCGACCUGGUUAAUGGUUAUGGAAAUCAUCAACGUCACCCUGGUGCCCUAUGGGAACGCACAGGAAAAAAAUGUCAGCGGCACGUGGGAGUUCACGUGUCAGCACGGGGAGCUGGAGUGCAGACUGAACAAGGUGGAGGCCUGCCUGCUGGAUAAGCUGGAAAUGCCAGCGGCCUUGCUAACCAUCGUCUGUGUGGAGGAGAUGGAGGACAUGGAGAAGAAACUCGGGCCGUGCCUGCAGGUGUAUGCUCCCGAGGUGCCACCAGACAGCAUCAUGGAGUGUGCCACCGGGGAGCGUGGCACGCAGCUCAUGCAUGCCAACGCCCAGCUCACCGAGGCCCUGCAGCCACCCCAUGAGUAUGUGCCCUGGGUCCUGGUCAAUGAGAAACCUCUGAAGGACCCCAGCCAGCUCCUGAGCACUGUCUGUCAGUUGUACCAGGGAGUGGAGAAGCCAGACAUCUGCUCCUCCAUGGCCGACCCUCCCAGGGAGGUUUGCUACAAGUGAAGGUCAUUGUCACAAGAAAAACAAGAGCCAGCUGCUCAGCUUUUUCAGAGCCAGAGCCCUCGAGAUACAACGAGAAAACCCAUACAUGUUUCACAAAACACAGACUCAAAACUUCAAGAAUCUUGCCUUGUUUUCAAAUGGUGCUAAAUUUAAAUUCAUUGAAUAAAUAAUUUAGAUUGCUGUGA